UGGUCACACGCAAAGGUGUUUACCCGUAUUCCUUUACGAGUAAUUACGAUGUGCUGGAAACUACUGAAUUGCCGAGUAAAAAAGACUUUUAUAAUGAAUUGACCGAAUCGCACAUUAGCGAUGAAGAUUAUGUACACGCGCAAACCGUAUGGAAACAUUUUAAUUGUAAAAAUUUGGGGGAAUAUUCGGAUCUGUAUUUGAAAACCGAUGUCACUAUACUGGCGGAUGUAUUUUCGAAUUUCAAAAAGUUAUGUUUGAAAAAGUAUAGAUUGGAACCGUCGUAUUACUAUACGAGUCCCGGUUUAUCUUUCGACGCGAUGUUGCUACACACGGCUGUAAAAUUAGAGCUCAUAUCGGACUACGAAAAACAAAUUUUCAUUUCAAGAGGAAUAAGGGGAGGUAUGACAAAUUCUAUACUUAAAUACGCUCAAGCGAAUAAUUUAAAAACGCCUAAUUAUGACGCCGAAAAGCCCAAGUCCGAAAUUAUUUAUUUAGACGUAAACAAUUUGUACGGUUGGAGUAUGUCGCAAAAUCUUCCGUACGCGGGGUUCAGGUGGAUAGACGAGGACCAUGAAACGGUUUUGAAAAGAGUGCGGGAGAUGGACGAAGACUCGGACAUUGGGCUCGCACUGGAAGUAACAGUAACGUAUCCGGAAGGAAAGCACGACAUGCAUAAUGAAAUGCCUUUUCUACCCGAAAACAGAAUACCCCCAAAUUCUAAAGCGAAAAAAUUACUUUCAACUUUAGAAACUAAAGAGCAUUAUGUCGUGCACUAUUUGAAUUUACAGCAAGCGAUGGAAAACGGUCUUAAAGUUGAAAAGGUGCACAAAGUUUUAGAAUUUAAACAGUCCAGAUGGCUUUCCAAGUACAUCAAAUUAAACACGGAAAUGCGGCAGGCGGCUACUAACGAUUUCGAAAAAGAUUUUUUCAAAUUAAUGAAUAAUUCUGUUUUUGGUAAGUGUAUGGAACGCGUUGAAUUCAGAAAAAAGAUGGAACUCGUGUGCGAUCCUAAACGUGCCGCUAAAUUGAUUAAAAAGCACACUUUCAACCAUUGUGUCACGUACAAGGAAAAUCUUUCAAUAUUCGUAUUGGACAAUAAAAUUAUUCAUUUUACAAAACCGGUGUACGCGGGAUUCUGUAUACUGGACAUUUCAAAAACUUUGGUGUACGAUUUCCAUUAUAAUUAUAUGAAAAAACAUUUUAAAGAUCGUAUUAUGCUGAUGUACGGCGAUACGGAUUCUCUAGUGUACUAUGUGUUGACCGAAAAUUUUUAUGCGGAGAUCAAAGAACACCCCGAGUUGAUGGAGCGUUUUGACACAUCGUCAUUACCAAAAGAUCAUUUCUGCUAUUCGGCCGCCCGCAAAAAAGUACCGGGUCUCUGGUCGGACGAGUGUGGUGGCAAGGCAAUACUGGAGUUUGUGAGUCUGAGAACGAAAGCGUAUGGUUUCGAUGUUGAGGGGACUGAAAAAAUCAAAGCCAAGGGGAUAAGAAGGCCUACUGUGAAAUAUCAUUUGACAGUAGAAGACUUUAAACAUUGUCUGUUCGCGGAUGAUGAGGGAGAUAUCGGGAUUAUCGAAGCCAAAGAGGCGGCUGUUUUGUGCGGCGCAGAGGUGAACAAAAACAUUCACGAGAGGGCCGAUAAUCCGUCACUCCCGAUAAUUAAAUAUCAUACGUACACGCCUUACAGAGAAAAUGUUUCCAUAAGAUCGUAUAAACACGAUGUUUACACUAUAAAAUCAAUGAAAAUGACAUUGAAUCGUUUGGACGACAAACGUGUUAUUCUACCGAAUCGAAUAAACACUAGCGCUCAUGGUCAUUAUCGACUCAGAAAACCGGCGGCUGAUGAAGAAGCACCAGAAAAAUAACAUAAUACAAUUAUCUUGUUUGAAAAUAAUUGUGACAAAUUAAUGUAAAAAUAAAUGU